AUGGCGCAGCGCAUGGACACCAUGACAUCGCUGGGCGGUAGCACAGCCCAGAGUGGCAUCCCUCCAUUGUCCAUGCGUUCGCUUGCCGAGUUGCAGCAACUCUGUAUGAGAAGACAUGCCUUCGUUGUGCAACUUGAGCGUGAACUGGCCGCACUGCGCCAGCCAUCAGACCUGGAAGCGCGCGUGGAAGCUCUUGAGAAGGUUGUGAAGCUGGGCCAACAGAUUGGAAGCGUGGAUGAUGUCAAUGCCAGCGGACAGCACGAGCUUCUGCAGCUUGUGCGGAUGGUCCUGACGUAUCCCUUGAUAGACAAGAACGUCGACUUGGAUGAGGACGACAUCAAGGUGGAGAUGUCCUGCUGGCAGCUGAAAGUCUCCCGCAAAGGAGGCCACACAAUCUCGGAGCUGAGCAAGGAAGUCUAUGACGACAUUCUUCGGGAUCUGUCUUGGUGGAAGGUGGACAAGGUACAAGAGCAUUCGCAGGAAAAGGCUCUGUUCAUCUACCUCGCGAAAGCACGCCACCGGUCCUGGACAAGCCCUUGGUACCCAGGCGCGUUGAAUCCGCACAAGAAAGGUAUCUUUGCUUGGAAGGAGAACCAGGCGCCGAAGGGGAUCCUCAAGGAUCUGAAGAUCGAUGUCGAAUCCUACAAGAACAUCGAGCCAGGAGAGCCAGAGGACUGGAACCAUGAAAUCAGCACGGCAAUGACUCCGGAGCAGAUGUGCACUGGCAUUAAUGUCAACGAGUCAGAGGCAUGCGUGCAGUUGGUCAUCCAUCUAGAUGAGGAAGGUCUGGAGAGCGCCACAGCCCGGGUGCCUUUGGAAGAGGUCUUUGCUGCCGAUAUUUCAGCUGAGACGCUGAGCGUUUUCUUGCGCGGGGACAGGUUCGCAGGAGAAACCUGCCAGAGGCGGGAAGUUGCUGACGUGGAGCUGCAGUCGGGGAAGAUGGGCACCUCUCAUCACCUCUCGUUUCGGCUACCAUGCAAACCUGCCCAGGGCUGCUCUGUGAAGUCUCCGGCCUUCUACAACCCCGCUCUGAAGAUCACGCUGGCAAAGGCCAAGCCACGGCCGUCUUUCAAGUUGAGGUUGCCUUUCCUUGCUCCCAGGUUGGCAAAGCUCAGCGGGCGCGAGAUCUUGUCCAAAAGGCCUGCAUUCUGUGUCGUGGUCCUGGUCGGCACCUUUGCCAUCGCAGUCGGCAAUGCUCGAGUUCAAGACUGGAGUUCUCUUGGAGCGAGUUGGACGCCGGAACAGGGGCCUCCCACAACCAUGGCCCCAUCCGCAAACCAGGGGUAUCUGCCGGCCAAAGAAGAGGUCCGUGUUGAGCAGAUUGUCCGCGUCGCGCAGAUUUGCAACCCGCGCUUCUUUGGAGCUGUUGGAGAUGGCAAGACCGACGAUACAGACGCCUUCCGCUCAGCUUUGCAAAGCUGCAGUGCAAAUCGAUCCAUGGAGGAGCGGUUCACACUGGAGAUACCAGCGGGAACGUUUCUCAUUGGCUCCGUCAACCUUACCAGCAAGAUGACACUGCGCUUGCUGAGAGGCAGCAAGCUAUUAGGAGUCUCAUCGCCGGAGUCAUACCCAUUGCUUCCUGCUCUCCCCAGCUACGGCCUGAACCGUGACUGGGCUUUGGAUCCGUACAGACGGCACUCGGCGCUCCUCUGCGGCUACAACCUGUCAGAUGUGAUAAUUGAGGGAUCUGGUGCUGGCGACGGGGAAGGUGUUGUUGAUGGUGAUGGCAGCUGGUGGUGGUCACGCUUCAGCAAGACACAGCCACUGGCAAAUGGACGGCCUUCGCUCAUUCAGUUCAUGUAUUGCACCAACAUUACUAUUCGCUUCAUCCGCCUGCAAAAUCCGGCCUUUUGGAACACGCACUUCUAUGCCUCGCAAAGCAUUCUGGUGGAGCACGUCAACAUCAGUGCGCCGUAUGAAUCGCCAAACACAGAUGGAGUCAACUUAGAUUCCGUUGUUAAUGCCAUUGUGCGCAGUAGCGAGAUCUCAACAGGGGAUGACGCUAUUGCGAUAAAGAGCGGGCUCAAUCAGGCAGGCAUAAAAUUUGCCAUGCCCAGUGCCCACAUACAUUUGCAUGACUUGAUUAUCCAUUCAAAAUGUCUCUCAGUGGGCAGCGAAAUGAGCGGCGGCAUCUACGAUGUGCGCGUCGAAAAUGUCAAGUUUGGAGACAGCCGACCUGAAAACCUUUGGCACGGCAUCUUCAUCAAAAGCUCUAGGUGGCGUGGGGGAACAGUUCGAGACCUUUCGUUCCAGAACAUCCGCAGCGUCGCCAGGUCAGGAGCGAAAAGAAAAACCAAAGUCUUUAUUGAGAUCUCAAUGCAAUACGGCUCCUGGAAUGGACCCGAGGGAGAAGCUUCAGACGUGCCUCCGAGCUUCUUCAACUUCUCCUUCGACACGAUUUCUUCCAACGGAGCCAAGCAGAUUGCCGAAAUCAGUGGAUUGACAGACAGCCCCAUCACAGACAUUGUCUUCAAAGACAUCGUCGGCACCAACCACGAAGAAGGCAUCACAUGCAGACGCACGCGAGGAGUCAGAAUGUUGAACAAUGGCGUGAAGAAUACCGGAUGCCUGCCCAACCUGGUGGACACGUCGAUGCGAGACGAGCUGGAUCGCCUGGACCCGCCGACGGCGCGCGAUGGUGCCAUCAGUGCCGAAAGUUGGCUUGAGAAGCGGAAGAAAUUGAUUUCCGCCAUUUUCGAUGGCAAUGUGUCGCUUCCAACAAAAUCAAAUCCGGACCAAAUCCAGAAGCUACAGCGAGGUCUCUACGCCAUUCACUGGGACCUACCCGGGCAUGGUUGGCAUGGGCUGAGAAGCACUGUCUUUGUAGCACCUCUUCAGAAAUCCACGAGCGCAGUGCUAUGGCAUCAUGGUCAUCAUGAUUGUGUGUGUCCCGAUCCAUCUACAAAAAAGAAGCCUGGAAGUAAAGAGAAGACGCGGAAGUAUGGCGUUCGCCCUGGCUGGGCUCAAGGGCCCUGUCGCAAGGGAUGCAUGGGCGCAAAGCACACCAAGAUCAUGGCAUCAAAUGGCACUGGAUACACUUGGUGGGAUCUUGAUAAUGUGACGAGAUUCUUCCAUUCGCUGGGUCACAAUGUAUUCAUCUUGUCCAUGCCGCUAGUGGGUGUAAAUUUCUCUCCUGGGCGCAGCACGAACUGGACGGAUCACUGGUGGUUUCAGACGCUCGAGAGCGGUGGUGAAUCCACUAUCCGAUACUUCUGCGAGCCAGUCAUUCUGACGAUCAACUACGCUCUGAGUUUGGGCUUUAAGGAUGUGGUCCUGGCUGGUCUGUCGGGUGGGGGGUGGACCACAAGCCUCGUCGCGGCCAUGGACUCGCGGAUCACAGCAUCGAUCCCUGUCGCGGGCGUCCUGCCGUGGUACCUGCGUUUUGCUCGAACAGCUUCCGGCUUCGAGGCAACUGGAGACAUCGGUGAUUACGAGCAGAUCUGUGCACUGAUGCCAUUUCCAUUCUUGGACGGGGCAAGGCACAAAGGGUACGGAUGGCGCGUGGAUGCUGGGCGAGAGUACUGUCAGGCUUGCAACUACAAAUGCCAGUUUCUCCUAGCAGGCUUGGAGCCGUAUCGCUGGCAACUUCAAAUCCUCCACGAGGAUGACACUUGCUGCUAUGCUGCCGCAGGAAGGCACGAUGAGAUUCGCGCGUAUGAGACCGAUAUCCGCACCGCUGUAACAAGUCAGCAGCCGCACGGGUGGUUUACUGUUGUCGUAACGGAUCACAGGCUCCAUGAGUUCUGCGCUGAAGACAAGAUGGUCAUUGAAGCUGCAUUGACCACGCGGCCCAAUCCGAAGAGCAGUAGAUGGGACGUGUUACCGUGCGACGUGCUACAUGGCAAGCAUGAGGUAGGUGCACGGGAUGUGCAAGUGAACUUUGUCGCGGACAGUGAGUAUCCGAUGUGCUUCGGAGGUCUGGGUGGCUGCUGCGUGCCAGAGGCCUCAACAUGGGAGAUCUUCAUGGAUGAUGGCAGCGAGCAGGAGAAAGCACAUCCAGUGCUGAAGCUCGGUCUUGCCAAAGCUGAAAGUUCGAGAGGUCGCUGGCAAGAGGUCUUCACACAAUGGCAGCCUUGGCAAUCUGCAAAGGCCAUGAAGGAGGCAUACGCCAACCAAGCUCUCGAAGGUUCAAGCGCAAUCGCCUUGGAGGAUGGAGAUGAAGAGUGA